AUGAAGCCUUACCCUACAACGACAUUCUGGGCAAACCAUGGAUCGGUAAGAUCAAUACCAUCACCUAUGCCACACAUUAGAAAAUCCGCUACCCAAUCCCUGGGGGCAAUGUCGGUCAGAUCGAUAGCGACCAGGAAUGGUGAGGAAAUGCUCGGCUCAAGGACUGAAGAAAAGAAGCAAACACAGUUCCUCUCAGUGAAUCAGGCAGAUAAGAAGGGAGUAGAACAACCAAAUCUCGCUCCUAGCAACCAAACAAGCCAAAAGGGAAAGCAUCAGGACCAAGCCGAGGGAAUUCGUCUAGAGGUCUCUCCUGAAGAAGGAUGGAAACCCGAAGAGGACGUCGAGCUAAUACCCUUGGAUCCUGACAAGCUAGAGAGAAAAGCGCGGAUCAGCUCAGGCCAAAACCAGGAGGAGAAGGUAGAGCUUGCACCCUUACUCUAG